ACCGUAGUUUGGCACGAGCAUUUACGCUCGGUGCUGAGACCAAAUCCGCGCUCGCGCACGAAAUCCAUUUACACUCCGGUAGUAGAGAGGGCCCUGAUCGAGUCGCUUUGCUCCGUCAAUCAAACAAUCCGCUCGUUUAAAGCCCCGGACACACGUCAAACCGCGCGGAGAGCAGCAGAAGUGCCUCGGUGAAACACAGUGACAGAGCCGGAACGGUUAGGAGAGGAAGAAUGGCGGAUUCAUGUCCAGCCAGCACUGCAGCGGUCGGGGCCGCAGGCUCCAACAGCGCUGCUGCUGCCGGGGCGGCUGGCACGGUUGCGCAGGAUGGAGCGCCCGCAGCUGCUGGACCCAAGGCCGCGUCCGAGUCCGUGAAGGGCCAGCUUUUUGAUGUGGGCCCCCGCUACACGAACCUGUCUUACAUCGGGGAGGGGGCGUACGGAAUGGUCUGCUCUGCUAUGGACAACGUGACAAGCCAGCGCGUAGCCAUCAAGAAAAUCAGCCCAUUUGAGCACCAGACGUACUGCCAGCGCACACUUAGGGAAAUCAAGAUCCUGCUGCGUUUCCACCAUGAGAAUAUCAUCGGCAUCAACGACAUUCUCAGGGCACGGCAACUUGACAAUAUGAGGGAUGUCUACAUCGUGCAGACUCUGAUGGAGACGGACCUGUACAAGCUGCUGAAGACCCAGAGGCUGAGCAACGACCACGUCUGCUAUUUCCUCUACCAGAUCCUGCGAGGCCUCAAGUACAUUCACUCAGCCAACGUGUUGCACCGUGACCUCAAGCCCUCUAACCUGCUCAUCAACACCACCUGCGACCUCAAGAUCUGUGACUUUGGCCUGGCACGGAUAGCCGACCCAGAGCACGACCACACAGGUUUCCUGACCGAGUAUGUGGCCACACGUUGGUACAGGGCUCCAGAAAUCAUGCUCAACUCAAAGGGCUACUCCAAGUCCAUUGACAUCUGGUCAGUGGGCUGCAUCCUGGCUGAGAUGUUGUCCAACAGGCCCAUCUUCCCCGGGAAACAUUACCUGGACCAGCUCAACCACAUACUGGGUGUCCUUGGCUCUCCAUCUCAAGAUGAUCUGAACUGCAUUAUCAACAUGAAGGCCAGGAGCUACCUGCAGUCCCUGCCUCAUAAACCCAGAAUCCCCUGGGAAACUCUCUACAAGGCCGACUCAAAAGCUCUGGAUCUGCUGGGCCGCAUGUUGACCUUUAACCCCGUGAAGCGCAUCAGCGUCGAGGAGGCCCUGGCUCAUCCUUACCUGGAGCAGUACUACGAUCCCACAGAUGAGCCGGUCGCAGAGGAGCCCUUCACUUUCUCCAUGGAACUGGAUGAUCUGCCCAAGGAGAAGCUGAAGGAACUGAUCUAUGAGGAAACCGCUCGUUUCCAGGCCACCUACCAGGGAUCCUGAGACUCACAGCCCUAAACAGUGACAAAGCCACACAGAGGCUUGGAAUAAGAAGACUCCAAACGACACGCUAAAACAAAAAGAAAAAUGCAUCUUCACGAAACCAACAAAAAAGAGAAAACAAGAAAUGAACAUUUAACUGCUUAUCUUUCCAUUUCUACUGCAAGAGAGCUAAGUUUAACUUUUGAUUUCUGUGGUUGGGUGGGGUGGUAGGGUCUGUCGUACUCAUACUGUUUCAGUUUUGUCCAUGUUGGACUCUCCCUCCUCUCUCCUCACAUUUUGUUUUCCCGUUUAAAAGUCCCGCCUCAUCCUCUCCCAUCGACAGUAACUCUCUGUUCCCCUCCUCUCCUGCCUCUGAUCUGUCGGUCUGAGCUCUCUCUGUCGCUCCCUCUCAUAUAAACUACUGUAUUAACCAACAUCAUAACUCUCUUGUCUUGCUCCAUGUAAAUUACAACCUGGAGAAAUCGAGGGCUAAAAGAACGGGGAUGCUAAUCGGGUGUGUGUGUGUGUGUAUAUAUAAAAAUAUAAAAGCUUCUUUUCUUUUCUUUUUAA